AUGGAGUCGGAACCAGCCAAACGGUUCAAAUCAGAUUCAAGGGAUUUGUUCCCCGACUCGAAGGCGAAGCCUUGCACGAAAUUCUUCAGCACUUCAGGCUGUCCAUACGGCGAAGAAUGCCAUUUCCAACAUUACGUCCCUGGCGAUCCCGUCCUCCUGGCCCAGGUAUGGGUGGUCCAGGAGGGAGAGAUUUUCUGCCUGGCGACGGAUACGGAUCGGACUCCAGAUAUGGUGGUGGCUAAUGGGAAGGACCUGGUGGGUAUAAAGGAGGGGGUGGUUUACCCGUGGAGCCGGUAUCUCCUGGGAGAGGCGGAGGAGGUCCCAUGGGACCCGCAUCUGAUUUCGGAUCUACAACAAGUGCGAAGAUCCCCAUCGACGCUUCGCUCGUCGGUGCUAUAA